AGGCUAUUUUAUAAAGGUGUCAAAUGGGCAAGUUCUCUUCCUUCUGGUGAAAGAUUAACUCCAAAGCCCAAUAGCUAUUUUUUUCGUCUAAAUUCAGAGAACUAUCUCCUUUCUUUCAUCAACUGGUAUCUUUUAGACCUAUCCCCGCCCACCCAAUGUAUUUAUAAAUACGUUUCUUCUUUAUUUGACAAUCAUUCCUGUCCUAUCGAACAUGGCUCACGUGAAGAAUGGGAACAUCCAAAAGAUAGACCCAGAGGAUACCUUUCUCCUGGUACCUGAUAAGAUGAAAUCCCAGAUGGAUUUAGAGACUGCGUUGCAGGAUAGUGCCAAAGCGCUUGACCUCUUCCUCAACAACCGGUUCUCUGACGCCUUGGAUCUCCUCAGACCCUGGAGGAGCCAGAGUAUGUACCACGCUGUGGGCUACAGCAGCAUGCUGGCCAUGCAGGCGGGCAUGACCUUUGAACCCAGGGAUGUUGAAAACGCCAUGACUGCUCUGAAGGAGUCUCUGCAGACGUGCCAGAUGUUCCGGAAGAAGACUACCAUGGUGGAGGCCAUCACUGAAAUGUUUUAUAAGCAGCCAGCUGACAACUUAACUGAAGAGGAGAUGCAUGCGGAGUUGUGCUAUGCUGAGGCGCUAUUGCAGAAGGCUGCACUCACUUUUCUGGACGAGAGCAUGAUCAGCUUCAUCAAAGGAGGCAUCAAGAUCCGCAACAGCUUUCUGAUCUACAAGGAAUGUGAUGAUAUGUCAACCAUGGCAAAGAACCAGUCUGACCAGAUGAGCACACAAGCUCACUUCAGGAGUGGUGUGAACAUGGGCAUUGGUUCAUUUAACUUGUAUUUGUCUCUCUUGCCGAGCAAGGUCCUCAGACUGCUGGAGUGGAUGGGUUUCUCUGGAGACCGGGAAGUGGGUCUGUCCAAGCUGAGGGAGGGGGCAGCCAACAACAGCCUGCGCUCCAUCCUCAGCACUCUGUGCCUCCUGAUGUACCACCUCUACAUCAGCGUCAUACUGGGUACUGGUGAGCCGAACCUGGUAGAGUCUGAUAUUCUUCUGGAGCCCUACAUUGAAAAGUUCCCCAAUGGGGCCCUCAUUCUCUUCUACCAGGCCAGGAUUGCUGUGCUCAAGGGUAACUUUGAAUUUGCCCAGAAGAAGUUCCUGGAGUGCAUAGCGGCGCAGCAGGAGUGGCGUCAGAUCCACCAUCUGUGUUACUGGGAGCUGAUGUGGUCCUACUCCUUCCAGCAGGACUGGCUGGAGGCCUACCAGUAUGCAAACCUUCUCUGCAAAGAGAGCAAGUGGUCCCAGGCUAUGUACGUGUUCCAGAAAGCUUCCAUCCUCAGCAUGAUGCCAGAGGAGGAGGUGAAGAAAACUGGGGAGAAUGUGGAACAGUUGUUCAGGCAGGUGGAGAGCCUGCGGCUGCGGAUUGCAGGGAAGUCUAUCCCAACGGAGAAGUUCGCCGCGAAGAAGGCUCAGCGGUACAGCGCCGCAACCCCAGUGACGCUGGUGAUUCCUGCCAUGGAAAUGAUAUACGUUUGGAAUGGCUUCACCAUCGUUGGCAAAAGGCCUGAACUGACAGAGAGCAUUCUGGUCACUAUCGAGAAAGCAGAGGAGCAACUGAAGAAUGACCCAAAUCCAUCAGAGUACCACGUGGAUGACCAGUGCAUGGUCCAGAUGCUGAAGGGGCUGUGUCUGAGACACCUGGGCCGUCUCGACCAGGCCCAACUCUGCUUCACACACGUCAUCUCCAGUGAAAACAGGAUCAAGCAUGACCGCUACCUAGUGCCAUACAGCAUGUAUGAACUGGGUCUUCUCUACAAGCAGCAAGGAGACUUGGGGAAGGCUACCACCACCAUAGAAAAUGCCAAGCUGAACUACAAGGGUUAUAGCAUGGAGUCGAGGCUACACUUCCGUAUCCAUGCUGCCCUUAACACAAUGGGGACCUCGGUGGCCAAACUUCCACCCCACCGCACGUCAGCUUGAGGACUGUAAAAGGUUGCGUCAAUUGAAUCUGGUAUCAGGAUUAAAUGUGAUUCAGAGUCACCGAAUAUACUUUAAUUAUUUUUAUUUAACAUAAGCGAUAAAUGGUAAAUGCAAUUUUCGUAUAUACGGGUUCACUGUAUCACCACGCAGGGUAAAGCAGAGAACUGACUGAAAUAGUACAGACAUCUUCUUUUAUACUGUGACAGAUGUAGUUCCAACUUUAGAGUUGGCCUGUCACAGUAGAGGCUUAGCGUGGUUUAAACUUGCUAGCCUAUCGGUGGUGCCCAGGCUGGUCCCAGCCUCACAGCACACAGGAUCCAGAUAUCCGGAAGUGUUAGUUGUGAAGUUUGAGCUGAGUUGUCGGUGGCUACUCUGCUCAGUUCCUGUUUUCUUGUUAUUAAGCAUUUUUCCAUCUUGUCUCAACCUUGUGGUUUGCACAGUCAAGACCCUAGAUUAACAACAGCUUUUCUGCAGUCAUGCUAUGUUUUGUGAUUAACAUGUCCUAUUUCUAUAAGGCAUAUAUUUUUGUUAAAAAGAGAACAAAACCAUCCUUCACAGGACGUAAAGGUAAAAUGCGCCACUGCCAACGAGGAAUUGCUGAAUAUCUUGGGUCCAUUCUACCUUGAUAUGGAGGUGUACAGACUUGAAAGAGCCUUGAUUAUAGUACACUUAGAAAAAGCCUGCACUUAAAAUGUAAAUGGUGCAAAAUUAGAAUUUGAGUCUUUUCUGUAGGGUCGACUCAUGACUAGAGAUUUGAGUGCAUAACUCAUUUUAAGCACAAAUCUUCCAUUUGUAAUCGAUACAUGAUUUACAAGAAACGUGUGAGCUACACACUUGGAUCUUAAGUUAGGAUAUGGCCUAAAUGUUUUGGGUUUAGCCUUUGAUUUGAGUCUGUAAAGACAUGUACCUCUACAGUUUGUCUGUUCUCUUAUAUUUAUGUUCUAUACACAUUAUGCUGUUAUACAUUCUGCUCUGUUUCAUUUUAUGCUAAUUUAACCAAUUAAUUUACAUUUGAACACAUGGUUCUUUAUUAUCCACAGAUAUGAAGGUGCACUGGAAAUGCAAAGUUUUACCUGUCAUUGUACUAAGUGAUUACUCAAAAGAUUUUGACAAAUAAAACUGUUGGAAUGGA